AUGGGUUACUAUACCUUCUUGUACUGGUUCUCAUGGAGGCUGUUUAUGGCCUUAUUGGCCCAUGCCAAUUGGUCGGCCGCUGUUUAUGUUAAGUGUGCCUACUUUGUGUUAUGGAAGUCGUAUGAUCUACUAUGGUUUUGGAUGCAUCUCAUCUUAUGUAUAUGUUUUGAACCGUUGAGGUCAGAGAACUAUCUGCUGGUAUGGUGCGUGUUGAUGUACAAGAAGUGCACUACCGACAAGAACAAGAGCUUUAGAGUUAGUUUUUUGUUUGAAUAAUUUGAAAAAGGAUGUAAUAUAAUCAGUCAAAUUGCGAUAUUAUAAUUGGUCAAAAUUAUUAUAGAAUAUUGUUUUAGCAAAUCUACACAGCGACGUACAGUAAAAGAUUCACAAAGUCUGAGAGAGAAUUAAAAAAGAUUGAAACGAUUGAAUUGGCAGAGGAUUCAGAUGAUGAAGAUGGUUCUGAUCUUGGCUCUGUUUAUCCUAGAAUCUCGACUGACAGCGACGAAAAACAACCCCGAACGUCGAGAGUCAACUUCAAUGAGAGGGUCGAGACUGAGAAUCUUGUAGAGCACAAGAGUGAGAAGAAGGGGAUUCUGAAGAAGAUCAAGAUUCCGAAGAUCGUCAAAGACAGAUUCAGUUCUGGUAGUAAUGGAAGUGGCAUCACUCCAGAAGAAGGGAAGGAGAAGAAGUUUCAGUUGCAAAAGUUGUUGCCUCAGGCGUUGCAAAAGACUGAUGAAGGUGGGUUGAUGUGUUGUAGGAGAACAGGGCUGGGGGUCGAACUAACGAAUAAUAUCUUGCCAGUUUCGUUAUCUUAUAACUCGGUAUGGGCCAAAAACCAGACUUUCUCUGUAAGGUUUAAAAAAUGCAAGAUUAUCAGUUGUAGCUGACACAAGAUGAUUAAUUAGGAACUAAUGAUAUGAUUAUAGAUCUAGAGUCACUCCGAUCUAAAAACGAAGCCAAAGCUGAGGAAAAACGACGAAAAAAGGAAGAGAAAGCACGGCUAAAAGAGAUACGACAGAGAAGGAAAGAGUAUUUGAGAGAGCAAGCUAAAGUCGAAAGGCGGUAAGGGUUAAAACAUAUAAACUUAUUAGGCGUUUUACAAUAAUUUUGACAACUUUUUUUCAAAACUUUUAAUUUUCUGAAAUUUUUUGUACUAUUUAGUUUAUGCCUAAAGCAUAAAGACUGAUGUUGCAACGCCUCUUAUUAAUAAACUUUGUAGACGUCGCUUGAUAUCAGAUACGAUUGAUCUCCUACUACAAUGUCUUCGAUUGUUUACUUCGUUUGCCAUCUUGGUGGGGAAUCUGCAUAGGAACUUUGUACCUAAAUAUCUACAGACAGACGAACAUCUCAACAAUCCUGAGGUUAUGAUGGCUUUUACGUAGGUUUACUUUAUAUUAUGGGGAGGUAGGUGUGUGGAAACAAAUGCUAUCAUGAUUGGGUAGAUGAAUGAAACUUACUUGGUAUUAUGAAGGGUGGAUGAGUGAAAACAAAGUUCCUGCACUCAAAAAUGACUAAAUUUUGGCUUGCAGUUUGACAAUGACACUUGACAUCCUGUUGUUCUGGAUAUCGACUGCGAUGUUGUACUUUAAGCAGUGUCGGUUGUGCUGUCGUCUCGGGCUGUUCAGGUUCUGGCUAUGGCUGGCGGCUUUGUUCUUCUUCGGGGGGAUCUGUAUGUAUUAUCCUAUGCAUUUGGCUCAUCCUCAGUUGUCGCUAAACUGGUGCACUUUCGAACCUGGUACUCCGAUCGGCGACUUUUUGAACGAUGGUGUCAUCUUUGGGGAUUAG